AUGUCCACCGCCGCCAGCUUGGAGAAAGGCUUUGGCACAAAACGCUCGGCUCUCAGCGUCCGCGGCUGGGCUCUUGCGGUGCUUACGUUCCAGACGUUGGGCAUCAUCUACUCCGACAUUGGGACGUCGCCCCUGUACGUUCUGAAUGGCAUUUGGCCCGCCAACGGGCCAGUGCCCUCACGGGAGGAUGUCAUCGGUGGCAUAAGCGCCAUUAUCUGGUCCCUGACAAUUCUUCCCCUCAUCAAAUACGUCUUCAUCUGCGAGGGCGGCACAUAUGCGCUCUUCCAGGGACUUUACCCGCCCAAGCACAGCGACUUUGACGACGACAGGACGCUGACAGGAGACAGCUUCAAGAGCGAGGCGUCUCACUCAAAACUGUCUACUAAACUAUUGUGGCCGCUACUGGUGCUGAGUUUGUUCGGUACGAGUCUCACGCUGGCGGACGGAGUGUUCACUCCGGCAGUAUCGGUGACGAGCGCGGUUGGCGGAAUUGCGGUCGCGAAGCCUUCGGUUGCAAACGACGUCACGGCGAUCUCAAUUGCAUUCCUGGUGGCACUUUUCCUUAUACAGCAUUGGGGAACGUCCUUCCUAGCGUACUUCUUCGCGCCGGUCACCUUCAUCUGGCUGCUGCUCCUGGCGAUCACCGGUAUCGUCAACAUAACUCACUUCCCGGGCAUCUGGCGUGCUGUUGACCCCUCGCGGGCUGUCCUUUUAUUCGUAAGGACUAGGGACUACGACUUACUUGCGGGUAUAUUGCUAUGUGUCACAGGAUGCGAAGCACUUUUCGCCAAGCAAGUGCCUGUCCAUGCCCGCCAAGCUCCAUCGUCUGACCUUUCUCUAGCCUGGGUCAGUUCAACAGAGUGUCGAUUCAGAUCUCCUUCACUUGCUUCGUCUAUCCAUCACUGGUGCUAUGGUGAGACUGUCAUCACCAACAUCUUCUACAACUCCAUCCCCGGUCCUUCCAAAGGCGGCCUGUUCUGGGUUAUCUAUGUCUUCGCUAUCCUGGCUACCCUGAUUGCCUCGCAAGCCUUAAUUACUGCGUCAUUCAGCCUCAUACAGCAGCUGAUCAACAUGCGCAAUCUACCCGCCUUCCGCAUGGUGUAUACGUCUGAAAAGACCCAAGGCCAAGUCUACAUUCCGAUCGUAAACUGGGCUCUGAUGAUCGUGGUCGUUGUGGUCGUUGCGGCAUUCAAAAGCUCGACCGCAUUGACGAACGCAUAUGGGCAUGUCCAUUUAUUCCCGAAUUCGCCGUUGCGACUGUCAUGA